AUGGACGAUCAAUACGGAUUAAUGCCGCCGGACCUCCAGCGCUACGCUGGAGGACCCGGGUUUUUCCCCCCUCCGCUGCUACAGCCGCCGCUGGCGGCGGCGGAGGCGGAGCUACACUCCGGCUGCCUUGGCCUGACACAGACACACCCGUACGACGUGCUCGCUUUCCGACCGGCGGAGGGCGGCUCGAGCGGCGGCAGGUGGCAGAAGCAGGAGACACUGACGCUGCUGGAGAUAAGAUCGAGGCUGGACUCCAAGUUCAAGGAGGCCAACCAUAAAGGUCCUUUGUGGGAUGAGGUUUCAAGGAUAUUGUCCGAAGAGCAUGGCUACCAAAGGAGCGGGAAAAAAUGCCGAGAAAAAUUCGAGAAUUUAUACAAAUACUACAAAAAGACGAAAGACGGCAAAGCCGGCCGGCAAGACAGAAAGCACUACAGGUUCUUCAGACAACUCGAAGCCCUCUACGGCCAAAACAAUAUCAACAACUCGUCGGCUUCAAACUCCGAAGCCCAUCAUCAUCAACCUUUCGAUAAUUUCCCGAGCAACGAACCUGACACCACGACGACCUCAACCAACGACACGGAAGGACUCAAAAACCGGAAAAUGGGAUGGAAGGCGAAAAUCGAGGAAUUCGUAGACCUAAGGAUGAAAGGCUUGAUGGAGAAACAAGAGGCGUGGAUGGAGAAGAUGAUGGAGAUGGUCGAGCGCAAGGAGAAAGAGAGGUUGAUGAGAGAGGAAGAGUGGCGAAGGCAGGACGUGGCUAGAAUCGAGCGUGAGCAUAGGUUUUGGGCCGGGGAACGGGCUUGGGUUGAGGCCCGGGACACGGCCCUCAUGGAAGCCCUACACAAGCUCGCGGGCAAGGAUUUCGUGGCUCAACAAGGUAACAAUAAUAAUGGUUGUAAUAAUGGAAGUAUUAAUAAUGGUAAUGGUGUUAGUGUUAAUGGUGUGAAUGAGAGUUGUUUGAGGUACUUCAUGGGAGAUGGGUAUGGAAGGAUUAUGGAUUGA